AUGUCAGAAGCAGCUGGAAUAUUACGGACUGCAUUCAGACCUGUAUCAUCGCUCACGAUUUGUCCACAACGGUCGCAGAUUGAAAGAGGAAUGGAAACCUCAAAGGAUCAUCGCAUUCGAGAUUUCUUUCCUCACUUAAGGCCUUCGUAUUUGUCCAUCUUCUUACUGUUCAUUUCUGGAAUUCUAUUCCUUCGGAAUGACGCAACAAAUGAUCGUCUGUUCGCGCUGGAACUAAAGAUCAUCAGUCUCACAAAGGAAUGCAUCGCUCCCGAGAUGAAAGCUGCACGAAGCGGACAGAUGGUCGUAACACUCGGUGUUAAGAAGAACAAGCGACGUGGAAUGACGCCACCGCAGUCUCGACUUUCUUCAUCAGAGCCCUAUGGAGAGUCUUCCAAAAGUUCUGUUCAAAGAUUUCGGAGAAGUGCCACAGGCAAUAAUACCGCGAGCUUAGCUAUUGAAGAUUUACGUCGCGAGAUCGCCUUCCAAUUGGGAAUAUUCCUUCCAAGUCAAUACUGCCGAUCAAAUGAGAAGGUAUGUCCCGCUGGUCCCCCCGGAAGUCCUGGUCGAAAAGGUCCGAAGGGACCUCGUGGAAGGAGGGGGCCGAAGGGGACAAAAGGAAAAAAAGGAAUUCAAGGUAAUAUUGGCUUACCAGGAAUUCACGGUAAGCGAGGAAUGAUGGGUUCCCUUGGACCAAGGGGAAUAAAAGGCGACCGAGGGGAGCCAGGCCCGAAAGGUGAUGUUGGGAUUCCCGGGAAUCGAGGAAUACGGGGAACAAUGGGAGGUCCAGGACCUAGAGGAGAAAAGGGAGAAAAAGGGGGUUCUGGUGAGAUGGGAAUUCCGGGUCCUCCCGGUAUUCCCGGUCGAACGGUUUCUGCGCCGGAAGCUAUUCUAUUGCCAGUCACAGCUAUAAUCGACGAAGGAGGAAGCAUGACUUUUAAUUGCACAGUUGGUGGAAAUCCAGCACCAAAGGUCACAUGGAAAUUUGAGGGGAACAUACUAUGGACAGGAUCAAAGUAUGCCAUAGACAAAGGAUUACUGAUCAUCAACGAGCUGAAGUUCAAUGAUACUGGUUUUUACUCUUGCGUUGCGGCGAGUGCUUUGGGGUCUGAUGAGGCAUUUGCAAACCUUACGGUGAGAGCGGCGCCAAUCUUUACUAAGAAACCUCCAGCAGUUUCUAUGCCACUUGAAAGCACAGAUUUUUUUGAAACGUGCCAAGCUGAAGGAUUUCCUCCUCCAGUUUCAAACUGGACACGACUUCUUCAGCCAUUACCUCCAGCAAGGACCGAAGCAUGGGAAGGAAAUCUCACUAUAAAAAAUCUGAGUACCACUGACAGUGGACUGUAUGAGUGUACCGUGACGAACGCCAUGGGCGUGAAGAGGACCAGGAUGAAUCUGGUAGUACAAAAAGGAGUGGAUUGUAGCUGCUGGCGUUCGAAAGAGAAUUAUCCAACAGUUCGAAGGUUCUACAGACAUUAUUCUGACGUAGUGGAGGAUUCUUCUGUCGAUGCCUUUGAUUUCCAGACAAGUGGUAAUACUAUUUUACGCGGUUUUCAUAUGUGGAAAGAUAACAGGUUGUUUCCUAGUAGCACUUUCACCAUCGAGCUCUAUCAAGGAAAUACAACUGUAGCCAAGAGGUCUCACACUUAUGAUGCAAGCUUUUCGACUAAGAAAACAUUUGAGGUGUAUUUUCCUAAAGGAAUAUUUUUGCAAGAAGGUUUAAACUACACUGCUGCAGUAAGAAUGAAAGGAAGAAAAUAUAACACUGCAGUUAAUAACGCAUUGAAAUAUAAUUUUUGUUCUGGGGCUAAUGUCACUUUUUGGAAGUCCUCUUUUGGUAGAUCAGUUUCAAGUUCUUAUGUGCGUCAAAUACCAGCUCUUAUCUUCCUCAGUUUAAAAUGCUGAACGAAACAUUUCUGUUUUGGGAUUUUUCAAAGUGAAACAUUGAAAGCUUCUAUAAUACCAUUUGUACUUAGUUCUCAUGGUCUAAAUGUGGUAAAGAUACGUUUCUUCUCCACAACUAGGAUGAAUAAUUUUGAAAAUGGUGUGCUAGGAAAAACUGAAGGAAUUUAUUUCAUGAGGCUUUUUAGUCCGUGGGCUUUAAGGAUCAAAUCGUGGUCACUUGAAUGAAGCCUACGAACUGCCCAUAUCCAGACUUCACUACAAAGUAAUGAGUUCUUUAAUAGAUGUGGCACGAUGGCUUUAAAAUAGCUAGCGCAGUAGAUCGGACGGUGGAUCGAGGGGUCCUGCCCUUGGGUAAGACGCUUAUGUCUUAUGAUGUUUACCAGCAAUCUAAGGGUUUUAACCGAGGUUUAAUUGUCAACAGAAGUUUCAUUUUAAACUACGCAGGUAACAGUGAAAGUAACACAGAUUACUACUAAGCCUUAAUAACCCUUGGUGAAGGUAGCCAUAGAGGUUUGGAACUUGAAAAAACAAUAUAAAUCAGCUGGCCAAUUAAAUAACCUUUAGUCUUCAGUAAAACCGCUAAGGUAGAAAUCAAGUGAAUAGAUGAGUAGGAUCGGUGCUUUAACAAUUUAGAUUUUGGGGGAAACAGGUAGAGAAAGAAAGAACGAUCGUCCUUGUAAAGAGGAUUUCCUCGCUUCCCGUUGUAGGGGUGUCUGGUUUGUAGGUCCUGUAAAGAAAAAUAAACAUUAUAUUUUUGC